AUGGCCAGGCUGGACAUGACAGAGACCUUCCAUCACAUCUCAUUCCCUGGGCACAUUCACACCCAGGACUCCCUGAACUAUGCCCUCCACUUCCAGUUUCGGGACAGGGACACUGUCAUCGCCACCUACCCCAAAUCAGGUGAGGCAGGACAGCUCUGUCACACCACUGCUCAAGGGGACCCGCAACUCUCCAAAACUGUGCCCAACUGGGCACGAGCCCCCUGGCUGGAACAGCAUGACAGUGCAAAGGUGCUGGAAGCCACCCAGGGGGACCGAAUCAUCACCACUCACCUGCCCUACAACCUGCUGUCUUCUGCACUCCAGGGCUCCAAAGCUAAGGUCAUCUAUGUCACCAGAAACCCCAAAGAUGUUGCUGUGUCAUAUUACCACUUCCAUAAAAUGGCCAAGUUCCUCCCAGAACCCAAUUCAUUUGAUGAGUUUCUGGAUAGUUUUCUGGAGGGAUCAGUGAGUUAUGGGUCCUGGUUCGAUCAUGUGAAAGGCUGGACGAGUCAAGCAGGAGUCUUGGCAAAUGUUCUUUAUAUCUCUUAUGAGGAGAUGUGGCUGGACCUGCAAGGCUCGAUGGAGAGGAUCAGCUCUUUCCUGCAGUGCCCCCUGGUGGGCGAGGAGUUAACCAACGCCCUGAGACACUGCAGCUUCAGCAGCAUGAGCGAUAACGCCAUGGUGAACUACACUCAGAUCCCAAAGGAGAUCAUGGACCACAGCAAAGGCAAAUUCAUGAGGAAAGGUAAAAUCGGUGACUGGAGAAACAUUUUCACAGAGGAGCAGAUUGGUAUUUUCGACACCGUCUACAGCUACCAGAUGAAAGACUGUCCCUUGACCUUCAUGUGGGAGUGUCCUCCUGAGUCCUGUGGGGGAGGAGGAGGAGGACAGGCCUCUGGGGAUCAGGAUAGGGCCCUUACCCUCCACGACGCCGGAGAUUGAUGGAUACGCUUCAUACAAGUCCUUGAAUUCUCUCACUGAUGUUCUGUGUUUUUGUGAAUGUACGUACAUAUAAUGUACACAACCCAAUAUAGUAAAACUAUAUAAUGAAAUUGAUAUGUUAAUAUAACAAAAAAUAUUGUGUGUGACCUAUUUGUUGUUGUAGUUGGGUUUUUCCACCUCUAAAUGUUACAGUUAACUGAAUGAGAGUGAAGUUUCUCCUCCAUCUUGGCUUGUGCUGCAAUAGCUAGAUGAUGGGACACGAGAGGGACACAUUUAACUCCCUGACUUUGACACAUUGGAAAACCUCCCAGUUUGUGCAUCAAGCAGAAGGGAUGAUAUAUUAACUCCAGAAAGGCUGACGUGUACAUAAAAAGCUGUUGUUACAUCAGCCACAUAGCUUGACUCCGAACAACCUGGAUUUCCCAUAUAUAGCUCAUCUACUUUACUGUAUGUCCAUCAGUAUGGUUCACAGCCCUGAGUUGUUAGGAAACUAUGUGACUGAUGCUAACAUAUGGGCAUAUAUCAUCAUUAGACCUAUCUAAUCCCAGAUGUGCUGCUCAACUAAAAUAAUGUGAAAGAUGGUGAGUUGUGUUAUGAAAGUGUUCAAGACAGUACUGUCUCACCGACCAGAGAUUGCGGUCAAGUGUCCUUAUCAUAGCGCUCUGGUUGUCUCAUUGAUGCUGCUAAAAUAUACAACCACAUACAGUA